UAUAUAUAUCUGUCCCUGCUGCAAGCAAUGUCUAUCUAUCGAUCGAGAACAAGAACCAUCUCACUGCAGUCUCAUCUCAUCAUGGCCUUCCAACACCACCGUUCAUGGCUGCUCCUCCUCGCCCUCGCUGGCUUGUUGUGCCUCGCUGCCACGGCCGCCGAGGCCAAGCGGACCGGCGAGCUGACGGUGUUCUGGGGCCGGAACAAGGACGAGGGCACCCUGCGCGAGGCCUGCGACACCGGGCUGUACAACACCGUGGUCAUCUCCUUCUUCAGCGUCUUCGGCCACGGCAAAUACUGGACCGACCUCUCGGGCCACCCGCUCCACGGCAUCGGCGCCGACAUCAAGCACUGCCAGUCCAAGGGCAUCCCGGUGUUCCUCUCCAUCGGCGGCGGGGGCACCCACUACUCCCUCCCGUCCUCGGCGUCGCCGGAGGCCGUCGCGAACCACCUCUGGAACGCGUACCUCGGGGGCGGCAGCGGCGACGUGUUCCGCCCCUUCGGCGACGCGGCGGCCGACGGCGUCGACUUCUACGUCGACCAUGGCGCGCCGGAUAACUACGACGAGCUCGCGCGCCGCCUCGACUACUUCAACAGCAUGUACUACCACGCCACGGCAAAGCACGUGCGGCUCACGGCCACGCCGCGCUGCGCGUUCCCGGACCGCCGCCUCGAGCGCGCGCUGGAGACGGGGCUGUUCGAGCGCAUCCACGUCCGCUUCUACGGCGACGAGGAGGAGCGGUGCUCGUACAAGAAUGGCGGGGUCGACGGCGUCGUGGAGGAGUGGGAGAAGUGGACGGCGAGGUACCCCGGGAGCCAGCUCUACGUGGGGCUGGCCGCGGCCGAGAGCGGCGUGCCGGAUGGGGCGCCGCCGCCCGUGGAGGUGUACCUCAAGUACCUCUACUACGACCUGCUGCCCAAGGUGCAGAAGGCGGACAACUAUGGCGGGAUCAUGAUCUGGGACAGGUUCACCGACAGCAGGACCGGAUACAGCACCGCCGUCAAGGGCUGGGCGUCAUGCUCUUAUGGCGGCUGUGUUUAAUUUAUUUAUUUCACUAUAUACGUUCUCUAUAUAUAUAUAUUGGUCCUUAGUUUGCACCAGAUACGUUAUAUAUAUAUAUA